AAAUAAACUUGGUAAGUUACAAUCUGAGUAAAAGGAUAAAGUCCACAUAUUUCCCGUUGAAUCCGUUGAUAACAUAUCUCAAUCAAUGUAUGAAUAAUCACUCCAAUCUUUUCUCUUUACAACCUCAAUUUUCAAUAUUUGUAUAGUUUUGAAACUCAACUCAACCUUAUAGCAUGUUUUCUUGGGGCAGAAUAUUCCAACUGUCUCUACGACGUAACAUAAGACCGUUGUGUACCCAAUCACAACGCUCCACCUCUUUUCGUUGGUCCAGACACGGUGGUACAGACUUUGACUCUUUUCUUAGAUCAAUAACUUCUGGGGUUGUUCUUGUGGGCUCCACAUUAGGCUUUUGGUAUUGCUCAUCUUUAUCUUCUCAAAAUGCAAAUUCUCUUCUUUCAUUCGCUGAUUAUGACACUCAGGAUCACUCUCAACCAAACGAUGAAAACAAAUCCAAAUUCCUCUUCAAUGAUAGUUAUAGAAGAAGAGUAUUCUUCAAUUAUGAAAAACGUAUUCGCUUGCAGAGUCCUCCAGAAAAGGUUUUCGAUUACUUUGCGUCGAUUCGAACCCCUGGUGGUGAGAUUUUUAUGACACCUGCAGAUUUGAUGCGUGCUGUUGUUCCUGUCUUUCCUCCUUCUGAAUCACACCGUGUUAGAGAAGGUUCUCUAAGAGGGGAUCAGGUUCCUGGUGCAUUACAAUGUGAUCCUUCUGAGUUCUUUAUGCUCUUUGACACAAACAAUGAUGGACUCAUUUCUUUUGCUGAGUACAUAUUCUUUGUUACUCUCCUCAGCAUACCAGAAUCCAGCUUUUCAGUGGCUUUUAAAAUGUUUGAUAUUGACAAUAACGGGGAAAUAGACAAAGAAGAAUUCAAGAAAGUGAUGGCGUUGAUGCGAUCUCAAAACCGACAAGGGGCUAACCACAGAGAUGGACGUCGCCUUGGCGUCAAAACUUCAAUAGAAAACGGUGGUCUCUUGGAGCAUUUUUUUGGAAAAGAUGGAAAUACUUGCUUACAACAUGAAAAGUUUGUCCAAUUCUUAAGACAACUGCAUGAUGAGAUCUUGAGAUUAGAGUAUUCUCAUUAUGAUUACAAUAAAAGAGGAACCAUAUCAGCCAAAGAUUUUGCCCUGUCCUUGGUUGCAUCUGCAGACAUCAAUCACAUAAAUAAACUGCUCGAUAGGGUCGACGAAUUAGACAAUGAUCCGCACAUAACAGGCAUAAGAAUUACGUUCGAGGAGUUCAAAGCUUUCGCAGAGUUGCGCAGGAAGUUGCAGUCAUUCUCUCUGGCCAUAUUCAGUUAUGGAAAAGUUAAUGGAGUGUUGACAAAAAAUGAUUUUCAAAGAGCAGCAUCUCAAGUAUGUGGCAUCAAUGUUACAGAUGAAGUGCUCGACAUUAUUUUUCAUGUGUUUGAUGCGAACCGUGAUGGGAGCUUAAGUGCAAGCGAAUUUAUUCGAGUUAUACAAAGAAGAGAAAACAGUGCAUCGCGUUUCGGCUUUGGGAGUGUGAUGUCAUGCUGGUUGAACUGUGUAACUAGUAACUGUUCAUCAGCUAAGCUUCAAAUAUGAUUGGAUGCGUACAUGAGGAUCCAUUUUCACCUCUCAGGAACUAAAAGAAAGGUGGGAUAUGCAUUUUGGUUUUACAGUCAUGGACAAAUUCAACCAUAUGCAGCGUCAAGUUAGGGAAACUGGUUGAAGGUUCAAUCCUGUAUCAAUGGAGAUUUACAAUGACACUGUCAAACCAUGAUUACAUGGCUUCUGUCUGCUCAGAAUGCACAGAUUUCAAGUCUUCAUGUUUUGAUACUUGUACAUACAGACUUUUGCUUCUCUUAGCUUUUGUUUCUAUUUGGUCAUCUUACCCUAGCGUUAAUGCUUGUAAUAUAAAGGUUUAACCUACAAUGACUAGAUCAGUUAUCGAGAGUUUGACUACAA